AGGCAAAGUUGCCGGGCGGCUGCGGGACCGCUCGGUGAGGGCAGGCGGGAGCGCGCCGCUCCUGCGGUACUGUGGUGCGGGCACCGCGCCGAGAGGGCACCGCACCGCACUGCACCCCGCGGGCGGGCGGGCGGGCAGCGGGCCGGCCAUGAUGGCGUGCGCCGAGCUGCUGGCCGUGUGUCUGCUGCCGGCCAAGCUCGGCCCCGAGCCCCGCCGCGAGCCGCUGCCCAUCUUCCACGACAUUUUCCGGCGAGCAGACAAGAACGAUGAUGGGAAACUGUCAUUUGAGGAGUUCAAGAACUAUUUUGCUGAUGGAAUCCUCAGCUCGGAGGAGCUGUGGGAGUUGUUCAGUGGCAUUGACAGGCGUCAUUCAGACAAUGUGGACACAGAGAAGCUGUGUGAUUAUUUCUCAGCGUAUCUUGGAGAGUACAGGAAUGUGCUUUCUGCAUUGGAAACGCUCAACUCUGCUGUCCUGGCAGCCAUGGACAAAACCAAGCUGAGCUACGAGACCUCCUCCAAGAUGGAGCAGUUCCUGACCCGCUUCCUGCUGCGGGAGACCAUGCACCAGCUGCAGUCCCUGCAGGGCUCACUCGAGUGUGCUGUGGACACCAUGGAGGAGCAGGCAGGACGGGAGAGAAAGGACAUAAAGAUAUCAGAGACUUUGGUUGGCUUGAGGUCAGGGCGGCGAUGUGGGCGCAGAGGACAGAAGAACAUCUGUCUGUCUCCAACAGACCCCUACUCUGGGAUGCUGACCACAGGUGUUUGUGUGGAAGCUGACAGCCAGUGGAUGGCAGAGAUCUCCAGGCUCCAGCAGCUCAUUGAGAAAUUGGAGUGCAAGAGCCCACGCCUGGAGCCUCUGAAGGAGGAAGCAACGUGCAAAGGAAGAGAUGAAAGCAUCCUGGUGGCCAAGAGGCAGAUAUCAGUGGCCAAGGGUGGCAUCGAGGAAUUUCGCCAGGCACUCAGGUCCUACAUGGAGGUCACCACGGCGCAGAGCAGCUGCCUGCACGUGUCUGCCUGCAAGCUGACAGACGAGGCCUGCUUCAUCCUCUAUGAGUUCUGGCAGGAUGCAGCUUCGUGGAGAAGCCACCUCCAGUCCAGCCACAGCAAGAUGUUCCAGCGGGCCACCAUCAGCUUGCUGGAGUCCCCGGAGCUGCUGACCACGAUGCUCUUCCCAGCCUCGUGGUGGAUAAUGAACAACAACUGACCCGAGCAGCCGCUCCAGCUGCUGCUGGCACGCAGAAGGACACGGAGCCCCUGCACGGCUGCUGCCUGCGCUCACGUUUGUCACCUCUGCUCCCCCUCCUGCAGCCCCAGGGCUGCCUGCCUGGUGGCCCCAGCGUUGUUUCACCGUUUUGAUCUUUUUGUGUCCUUCAUCUAUUAAUUUAUUUACUCCUAGUGCAGCGGGUGAGCGUGGCACCGGGUCCCCACAGUGCCACCCCCCGAGUGCAGCUCCUGGCUCUAUGCUGCUGCUGAGUGAACAUAAACAGAACUGGCACCAGCACAGUGCUGGCAUGGAGUGUGUGGCUGUCACUGCAUGCUGCGGGUUGGGAAUGGCAUGGUGAGGAGCCAGGGCAGUACAGUGGCUGUAACAGCACAACGGUGGCUGUGUCCUCAUGCUGCAGAGCCAGCAGAAACUGAGCUGCUGAGAGCAGUGAGAAGUGAGAGCCAGCAUGGGCACAGGCCACAGCCCUGCAGGGGAAGGGAGAAUGUCACAGCUCUUCUCCUGCCACGCACCUCUCCUGCACCAGCAGCAUGGUGCUCAGCACCACUCCUCUUUUCCCUGCUGGCUUACACCAGAGAUGCUAAUUUGAAUGGUUUGACUCCAUUCCCCAUUUGUAGUCAUUAAAAAUGCCAUCAGUCUGUGCAGCACCAUGGGGCACAGAGAGGCAGGGCAGGGCUUGGGGUGCAGGAGAGGGCUCUGCUCCCCCCAGCCGUGGAGGUGGGGGAUGGCAUCUAUGAGAGGGCAAAAUGCUGGGGACUGCAGCUUGUAACUGCUGCUGAGCAGUGCUGGGGGGCACUUGGGGCUGACCUGCAGCCAGCAGCUCUCCAGGGCAGCCACAAACAUUUCCCCAGCCCUUGCAUGGCCACGGCCCCUAAACCCUGCAUUUUGUCCCCAUGUUUCUGCCCCCAGCGGCAGAUAGGGGAAAGUGCUGUGUGAUGAGGAGAGUCUUUUUAUUGACUACUUUUGAGUAGAACAAACUAAAUACAUCUGUAACAGUUUGGGUUCCUUUAUACAGUACAUUAAAUAAGUUAUGCACAGGAAUGAAGUAACAAAUUCCUAUUACAGAAUUAAAUGUCCAAAAAAAAAAAAAGGAAAAAUAGAAAACUCAGUCCCUCAAGUCUGCCCAUGUCCCAAGUUCACGUGUAUCGUUACGUGUUUACAAAAAAUAAUAAUUAUUCUAAUCAUGA